AUAAAUUAUACAUUCAGUAGAACCUCCUUUGCAUUGAAAAGUAUGGAGUGGCAAAUUGUCACAUUUGCCGCCAUUAUUGGCGUUACUUUUGCAAUGGAGAAUAAUUUGAUAGUGACAACGACGGAGGGCCAAGUUCAGGGUAGUUUAGCAUCAAGUGGCUUAUAUUACGAGUUUUUAGGGAUAAGAUAUGCUGUACCGAUCAAAUUUCGGGCACCAGCGCCACCUCAGUCCUUCUCUGGUAUCUACAAAGCUGACAAUCGCGCUGUUCUUUGUCCCCAAUUUCCCACAUACGAUCCCCUCGCUGCACCAAGCGAAAACGAAGAUUGCCUGGUCCUCAACGUAUUUACCCCUGCAUUCAUUAACGCAACCUGUCCCGUAAUGGUCUUCCUCCAUGGAGGAGAUUUUGGUGUCGGUUCCUCUUCGCCAAUAUUUUAUGGGCCGCAGUUUCUCAUCAGCCAUGGCGUUAUCGUGGUAACAGUUAACUAUAGGGUGAACGCUUAUGGUUUUCUUAAUUUAGGCAUCAAAGAAGCACCAGGAAAUGCUGGGUUGAAGGAUAUAAGGGCGGCGUUGAGGUGGGUACAGAAGAAUAUUAAGAAUUUCCAAGGAGACCCUGAUAAUGUAACUGUUUUUGGUCAAGGAAGCGGUGGAGUUGCCGCUAUUUAUCUGACUAUGUCGCCUAGCACGAAAGGAUUGUUCCAUCGAGUUAUAUCUGAGAGUGGAUCCCCAUUUUCCCCCCACGUUUUCGACCAUAGUCCAUUAAAAACAGCUAGUCAUUUAGCCAAGUCCCUUAGUAUGAAGUCUGAAGAUCCAAAAACUCUGCUCAAACUUUACAGGGAAACACAGAUAAGCAAAGUAGAAGAGGCAAUAGGUAACCAAAUGAAUGCUAAAUCAGUCUUCCUUCCAUCCGUAGAAAAAGUGUUCAAAGAUGAAGAACCAUUUCUGACUGAUACUCCAUUUAAUAUUCUCUCAAACAGACCAGGCUAUUUCCAUCCAGUACCAGCAAUUAUUGGUCUAAACACUGUCGAAGGACUCUCUUCUAUUCUAGACUAUAAUACAAUAACAGGCCAAAUGGAUAGAAUACAUCACGAAGACUUUUCAGCGUUAGACCAGAGGAACUUCAAUCCUGAAGACAAAGAAGACUUCCGAAAUAUGCUAAGAGAAACGUUCUUUUCUGAAAUAACAAAUGAUGAAGCUUUAGUGGGUGGAUUGGUAAACCUGAACACAGACUUCUGUCACGUGGGUCCAAUGUCCUUAUUUGCAGAUCUUUACGGGAAUAAUACAGAUUUAUAUCAGUAUUUAUUCAGUUAUAUUGGUAACAGAAAUCUUGGUCGUAUAUUGACUAACAGUACACUUGAUGCCACAGCAAAUUUGGACGAGUUAUUUUACGUGUUCGACUUGGAUAGACUGCCGUUGGAAAUGGAUGAAAAUGACGCCAGAAUUAUUACUUUCAUGACGCAGAUGUGGACAAAUUUCGCUAAAUUUGGAACCCCAACCCCAGACGUAUCAAAUGGGGAAUGGCUGCCGUAUCCCCACCAUUUAGAAAUAAACCUAGAACCACAAUACGUGGCGCCUCUCACGCCAGAGAGAGCGCAAUUCUGGCGCGCACUCUUCUACAAAUAUGGCGCUGACAUGUCAACUAAAUAAUUAUAAGUCACAGCCGUAUUCAUAAAGGGUUUAAGGUUUAAAUCCGAUUGGAAGUCAAUACAUACUUUCCCAGCGUUUUUUAAUAUUUAAUAUAAUUAAGAUAACCCACAAGAAGAUUUAUUUAAUGAAAUUUAUUUAAUGAAAGAUUUCCGAAAACCUUUUGUAUAUUCGGCUCGCACAGACUCGUUUCUGGACUCUUCGGGUAAUAUACUAUGAUUUUAAGAUGUAAUUAGAAUGAUUAAAGGUUUUCUGUUAAUAAAAAUAACUUAUUUGUAUAAAAGUUUUGUUAUAAAUAAAAUCUUAGAGGUGAGAAACAUGUCGUUUUUCAGUUUGUCAUUAUGUUUUUGACAGACGCAUCUUUAUUAGUAUUUUCAACCCAAACGAAAUACGUCGGCAACCAGUCACUUUCCGAGCGGCUCCCACUGCUGUUGAGUUGCUCGGAUUCCUGCAGCUCAGUUUCAUCAGCGGACGUCGAGGCAGAAUACGAAAUAUCAUCCGUGUCACCUUGACGUCCGUAGUAUAACUGUGCGUUUCUUAAGGCAGUUAAGUCUGCCGCGCACCACCACUAAUUGGAACCAGCUGACAGUAUUUUUGAACCAAUUCGACUUAGGGUAUAUAAAGAAAAGAGUUUAUCAAUUCUUAAGAAUUUAUAAAAUAUAUUUUUAUGAAUAGGUUGUCAAUAAAUUAUGGAAUGUG